CGGGUCCGCAGCGCCGCGGCUGCCAGCGGCCGCGGCGGGCGCUGCCCAUGGGUCGGGCUCCGGGGUUGGGCGCACCGGGAGCCGGUAGGCAUGCCCCGGACACUGAGCACCUCCGACAUGGUCACUCCAGGCAGCCUCGGCCCACCCCACCCUGAGCCCACGGAUGGUGAGCAGGCCGGGCAGCCCCUCCUGGAUGGAGCUCCAUCCUCAGCCUCCCUGGACACCCUGAUCGAGCAGCUGGUGCCCAAAGCUGACUACUACCCUGAGAAAGCCUACAUCUUUACCUUCCUGCUGAGCUCCCGCCUCUUCAUCGAGCCCCAGGAGCUCCUGGCCCGGGUCUGCCACUUGUGCAUCGAGCAGCAGCAGCUGGACAAGCCAGUGCUGGACAAGGCCCAGGUCCGGAAGUUUGGCCCCAAACUGCUCCAGUUGUUGGCCGAGUGGACAGAGACGUUCCCUCGGGACUUCCAGGAGGAGUCGACCAUCAGUCACCUGAAGGAUGUGGUGGGCCGCAUCGCCCCCUGUGACGAGGCAUACCGAAAGAGGAUGCAUCAGCUCCUGCAGGCUCUGCACCAGAAGCUGGCGGCUCUGGGCCAGGGGCCGGAAAGCCUGCUGGGCACUGACAAGCCCAUCUCCUACAGGAACAAGCCUCCAGCCUCUAUCCACAGGGAGCUCCUCAGCAUCUGCAGUGACCCCUACACACUGGCUCAGCAGCUGACCCACAUAGAGCUGGAACGGCUACAACACAUUGGACCUGAGGAAUUUGUCCAGGCUUUUGUGAACAAGGACCCUCUGGCCAGCACAAAGCCUUGUUUCAGUGACAAGACUAACAACCUGGAAGCUUACGUGAAAUGGUUCAACAGAUUGUGCUACCUUGUGGCUACUGAGAUCUGCAUGCCGUCCAAGAAGAAACAGAGGGCCCAGGUGAUUGAGUUCUUCAUCGACGUAGCCCGUGAGUGCUUCAACAUCGGCAACUUCAACUCCCUAAUGGCCAUCAUCUCUGGCAUGAACAUGAGCCCUGUCUCAAGACUGAAGAAGACCUGGGCCAAAGUGAAGACUGCCAAGUUUUUCAUCCUCGAGCACCAGAUGGACCCAACAGGGAAUUUCUGCAACUAUAGAACAGCCCUGCGCGGGGCAGCCCACCGCUCCCUGACCGCCCACAGCAGCCGAGAGAAGAUCGUCAUCCCCUUCUUCAGCCUGCUCAUCAAAGACAUCUACUUCCUAAACGAAGGCUGUGCCAACCGCCUCCCCAAUGGACACAUCAACUUUGAGAAAUUUCUGGAGCUGGCCAAGCAAGUAGGAGAGUUCAUCACAUGGAAACAAGUGGAGUGUCCCUUCGAGCAAGACCCCAGCAUCACCCACUACCUGCACACUGCUCCCAUCUUCAGCGAGGAUGGUCUUUAUUUGGCUUCUUAUGAAAGCGAGAGUCCAGAGAACCAAACAGAAAAAGAGAGGUGGAAAUCUCUAAGGUCUUCUAUUCUGGGGAAGACGUGAAAAGCACUGAGCUGGAGGAGGAGGAGAGGGGGGAGGAGGAGAGGAAGCCAGCAGAAGCCUUCUGCCGCCCUGCCCCAGCCAGCCCAGUGGGAGGAGGAGGCAUUGGUGCCUCGCUGCUUUGCAAACCGUGACCCUGUGGCCUGGUGCCCAUCACAGUGACCACACAGCACAGGAGACCUUUCUCCACCUUUUGUGGAGCCUCAGCCCUGGAAGGGCCCAGAGCCUCCAAACACAGGGGUGGCACGUGCCUCAGGGGCCCUACCUUCAGGACAGUGAUGCUCACAUUGUUGGUCAGUCUGUCUGUCCUCGGCGAUGACCCAAGGUGUUGGGUGACUGCAGUGUUGCUCUCAGUGGGUGACUCGUGCCAUGGAGACAGACACCCGGUCCAUCUCCAGAUGGCCUGGGAGCCUCUGUAUCUCCAGCAAACAUCACCAUGACGUGAGAAGGGCCAGAGCCCACCAGUGGCCUCUGCCAUUCUACUGAUGGACCUGACCCUGCCCCUUGAGAUGGGCUGGUUUCUGCAGCCCUGUGCACCCCCUUUCUGCAUCCUGCUGGUAUCGGGAUAGCUUUCUGGUGACCACUAUAAUGCUGGUCAGCAGGACAAAUUUGAGUCACAGACUUGACAGUGUGUACAGUACAUUGUAAAUUUUAGAGUUGGUAUAAACACAUUGGUAUA